CCCCUAGGCUUUUAUAAUGUAUCGCAUUGGACCCAUAGGACGUAAAUCCAAUUUCCACAAUCGUGAGAAAUGUCUCAUCGGCUUGGUAUUGGCCACUUUGUGUUUUCUUUGUUUCGGUGGCAUAUUUCUGCUGCCCGACAAUUUUGGUGGUGAUCGCGUGCUGCGUGUCUACAAACAAUUUCAAAAAGCCGGUCCUGAAAUUUUCAUACCGGCACCACCCUUGGCUAAACAUGCCCCCAAAGACCAAGACCCACAUUUUAUGAAUGACCGCCAAAAGCUACAGGCCAAAAUCAAAGAGGAACUGGGCGAAAUAAUGGACAAGCCGCAAUUACAAAAAGACAAUGCAAUGGAUAAUAGUGAAGAUGCGGGUGAUGAUGGUUCACCCCAGCAAUUUGAUGAUACAGCACCAGGUGCGGGAGGUGGUGGUGACGAACAGGGUGCUGCCCCUCCUGUCAAUGGCCAGUCAAAGAAAAGUCGUAACAGUAACAAUAACAACAAUGACGACAUUGCUGCCGUUUUAGACAAUAACAACCUACCUUUGGGAAAUGUUAAUUUACAAAUGCCAUUGGGAGGUCAUGCCGAUAGCGAUGCCAGUGUGGAGGAGAAACGUCAAAAAGUUAAAGAGGUAAGUAAAGGAAAAAAUACGCGAAAACAGAUGAUGACUUAUAUAGUUCUGUUGUAG